UACAGAAUUAGGAAGUCACCUUUUAAAAAGCCGUUAGAGCGUGAAGUUUAGUCACUUUUUGGAAGAAACAGGUCGGGUCCUUUAACAUCUGGAGAAAAAAUGGAAAUGAAAAUUCAGCCAGAUGAGACCAGAUGUUCCAGUCAAUCCUCAGAUUCAUGUGAGUACUAUCAGACCGAGAUCUUUGACCAGCUGCCCAGCAUCCAAGCAUCCCGACAGGAUCAGAUCUCAACUGCUGACAAUGACCUCAGUCAUGCACACCUGUCCAGGAGACCCCGAGACCUCAGGGAGUCCUCAGAACCACUCAGGAACCUGGCCAUGUGCCUUCAAGCCAAGAGGGAUGUCAGGAAAAGGAGAAAUAUGCAAAUAAAAAAGUUUGGAUUCUGGGAGUCGUGGCGUCAGAGUGAGAGUAUCCACAGAAAAAGAUUAUGGGAACAGAUGAGGGUUUUUUUGUCAGACCUGUUACUGUGGCAACGCACACUUCACUCCAUUGAAGGUAGGUUUGGAGUCGGUGUGAAGUCCUACUUUGUUCUGCUGAGAUAUCUGAUUUGUGUGAACCUGCUGCACUGUCUCCUCAUCUGUGUGUCCAUUGUGGGACCUGCAGUACUUCAUGGCAGAAGCGACAGCUGGGACCUGUUGAGGUUUGGAGAUGGUGACUCUGUUCUGGACUUCUUCCUGGGGACGGUAAGGACUUGUGACUCGUCUGUGUGUUGUCAAUGUCAGUGUGUCUUAACCAUUUCCGUCCUGCAGGGCUAUCUGGACCGUUCUCCGGUCUUCUUUGGUUUCUUCACACGUGGCUCCCUGAACCUGCCGUGCUUGAACUCACCACUGCUGUACCUCAGUGGAAUCUUCACCGUCUUCUUCCUCAGCCUCAUCAUGGUGAUCCGCAGAACAACAGUGGGCUACAAGCACACGUGGAUGCUGGAGAAACGUUACAGCAUGAAUGUGAGCUUCAGAAUCUUCUGUGGCUGGGACUUCACCAUCCAGGACCCCACUGCAGCUGGGCUCAAAUACAGCUUCAUCAGAAAUGACCUUAAGCUGCUCCUGGAGGAGCAGAGUUUCUCCUUACGUGAGGCUCAGCGAACCUUCUCACAAAGGGUGCGUCUGCACCUUGUGAGGUUCGUCCUCAACCUGCUGAUUCUGACUCUGCUGGGCGGAGCCUUCUGCCUCAUCUACUUCUCCACACAAACCUCACAGGCAGCAGCUCAGCAGAGCGGGAACCACUGGUUGGUCAGUUUGGUUCUCCAGUACCUUCCUGCCAUCACCAUGAUGUUGGUCAACCUGUUCCUUCCGCAUGUCUUCCGGAAGAUCUCGUCUUUUGAGGAUUACUCUUUCACCACACAGGUCAACGCCACGUUGGUGAGGAGCAUCUUCCUGAAACUGGCCUCACUGGGAAUCUACCUGCUGUUCCUCUUCCAAACAAAAUGGCAUCAGUGCUGGGAGAACUGCUUUGGCAGAGAGAUGUACAAACUCUGCAUCUUCAACUUCCUUGCCAGUUUCUGCAACACCUUCCUCUUCAACUACCCCAGGAAGUUGCUGUGGAAUAGGUACCCAGAAUCCCUGGUGGCCAGGUUGCUGGGGAAACAGCAUUUCCUCAUCCCAUUUAAUGUCCUGGACUUGGUACACAGUCAGACAGUGUCAUGGGUGGGAGUCUACUACUGCCCUCUGCUGCCGAUGAUAGGAACUGUCACACUGGUGCUGACUGUCUACAUCAAGAAGUUCACCGUUCUGCACUGCUGUGUGGCCGAGCAGAGGAUGUUUCGAGCCUCCAGCUCCUCGGUUCUGUUUCACUUCAUGCUGCUGCUCGGACUCGUCCUGGCUGGAACCUCGUUGGCCUUCAGCCUCGGACAGUUCUCCCCAUCUUCAUCCUGUGGUCCCUUUGGAAGUGGAGAGACCAUCUUCAGUGUGACAGGAGCAUGUGUGGACAGCCUCCCGGGACCCGCUCACACAGUCAUCCGCUACAUGGCUUCUGAGGCCUUUGCUCUGCCACUUCUUCUUGCUGAGAUCAUCAUUUUGACAUCAUAUGUGACACAGAGGCGGUCCAAUCAGAGGACAAUCCAGAGCCUGAAAGGCAUGCUGGUGAUGAGCAGCUCAGACAAACGUUUCCUGGUGCAAAAACAUUCCAGCAUCCUCAGACGUCAGGCAAGAAAUCAAAGAGGAACCAACAACACUGACCCUGACCCCAACCCUAAAUUGAAAAGGAACCAACAACCCCAUCUCUGACAGAUACAGAUUUUUUUAACAGAAUGAAAGAGGUGUGUCCAGAGCACAAAUUAAAAUGAAAAUAUAUAUAUAAGAAUGUAGUUGCAAAACAAACUGUAUAUAAAAAAGAGAAAACUAUAUACAGAACUGUGGAUACUGCACAUAAAUAAAUGUUUCCCUCAUUUCCAGUGUGUCAUGUGACCUGGCUGUUUGGUUCCAUUCAAAGCUCUAACAGCAGUCGUGUCGAAACGGUUUUUCAGUCUGUUCUUGUUUUAAUGGUCCUGUACCAUCUGCCUGAUGGCAGCAGCGCAAACAGAGAGUGUCCAGGGUGGGAUGAGUCCUUCAGGAUGGUGUUGGCUCUCCUGAGACAGUCAGAGCCAUGAAGGUCCCCCUUUCCUGUUUGGCUCCGUGCAGCUGGUAAACCACAUCCAGAGGCAGUAUGUGAGGAUGCUCUCCAUGGCAGAGCAGGAAAAAGACACCAGACAUCUCUGGUUGAUGUUAGUUUUCCUGAAGAUUCUCAGAAAGCGGAGUCAUUGCUGUGCCUUCUUUACCAAGUGUGUGGUGUUCCUAUCCUAGGUCAGUUUCUCCUCUAUGUGGACUCCCAGGAAACAAGUCCCUGACCCUUUCCACACAGGCCCCCCCAAUGAUAACAGGCUGAAUAUCUCUUUGGUUUCUCCUGAAGUCUAUGAUUAGCUCCUUGGUUUUGGAUGUGUUCAGGAGCAGGUUAUUUUCUCUACACCAUCAGCUGUUCCACCUCCUCCCAGUAGGUGGACUCAUCUUCUCCAAUGAUACAGCCAACCACUGUGGUGUCAUCCACAUACUUAAUGAAGGUGUUGCUGGUGUGGACAGGGUGCAGUCAGAGGUGUAGAGGGUAAAGAGCAGUGGGCUCAGCACGCAGCCUUGAGGGGAACCAGUGCUGAGUGUGAGAGCCAAUCCUGACUCUGUGAGCCAUCGGACAGAAAGUCCUUCAUCCAGAGACAUGUGGAAUGAGGUAGACUGAGGUUCAGCAGGUUCCUUACGAGGCAACGGGGGAGGAUGGUGUUGAAUGCUGAACUAUAAUCCACGAAGGCGAGUGUAGUUACCCUUGUGGUCCAGGUGGGUCAGCGUGGUGUGGAGGGCAGAGGUCACAGCAUCCUCUGAGGUCCUGUUGGCUUUGUUAGUGAAUUGAUAUGGUAUUACACUGAUGAGGAAGAGGCUGGGAAGUGGUGGUUUGUGUGGCUGUUUUCGUAGCCUGGCUAGCCCGCCGGCCCUGCAUCCCUGCUUCUGCUUGUGCUCCUUGCGCCGCCUCCGCUUCCUUCUUGUUGGGAUGGUGAUCCACGGACAGCCGGGGUCCCUUCCUAUGUGUACUGGGAUGUUAUAUGAACGAGAAGACUCCACUGUAAUACUCCUCUCGCACAAAGCUCCAAUUUUUAAAAGUUUGUGUCGACUGUAAGUGGUGUUCGUGGUGGUGGUGUUUGACAGAAAGAUGCUAAGACGAUGAGGAUGUACAUAAACAAUCAAACAAAGCACUGAAAGUGAGCGCACAGAGCCACCGCGUUUACACGUGCAGCCAUAUUUUUUAAUAGCAGUAAUCCUAACCCAGGGGUGCCCAACCUUUUUUGAGCCAAGUUCUACUUUUAAAGUUGACAAUGUAUCGAGAGCUACCAAGCCAGAGUGUAGCCACAAUUUAUUGUGCACCAAUAUAAUAACAAUUUUCUGGCAUAAAGAUAAAGUUUUAACAACAAUAAUACAUUAUUUAAGUAAAUGUGCAUGGUGCAAAGAAUAAGCACAAGUAGGCCUCGAACUGGCCCGUAACAACACAACAAACAACCCAAAUGAUACAACACCUAAUUCAAAUUGAAGAAGUUGUUGCCUACCUUAGUGGGACUUCUGGCACUGAGAGGAGGCGGCUGGUCUCUCACAGUCCAGACAGUAGGAGCUGAGUGCAGCCGGAAGCAGGCUGCAGGGUGGUCAUCAGUCAUGGUGGAUCUGUAUUUUGACUUGAUGAUUUUCAUGUGUGAAAAGGCAGAUUCACACAGAUAUGUUGAUCCAAAAAGUGCAGUCAGAUUCUGUGCACUUUGUCUGAGGUUGGGCUGCUGCUCUUUCUGCAUUAGAUUCCAGAAUUGGACAUUCAUGUCAGGUAUUGCUCUGGAUUUGAGCUCAGCUGUCCAGGUUCGAGAGCAAUGCCACUGUGGAUGUUACACCAUCCACAUCUAUAUUUUCCCCAAAUGGAAAACAGAGAAAACUGACAACAGGCUCAAUGGAAGCAAAGUCAGUAAAGCACCUGUCAAAUUCUGACAAGAUGUUCUGAACAUGAUCAUCAUAACGUGCACUCUCAAGCAGUGUUGUAUGUAGCAAAGUAGAAACACUGUUACUGUACUUAAGUAGAAUUUUGACGUAUCUGUAAUUUACUUCCUUAUUUACAUU